AUGACGGACACAUCAUCUAGGUGGAAGGCCACCGUUUAUGUUGGAGGUCUCUCACCUCUGGCUACAAACAGCCAUGUUCUCGACGCCUUCAUUCCAUUCGGCGAGAUUGUAGAAGUCCAAGUGCCUAAGAACGAUGCUCCGAAUGCAACUGAUCCUCACAGAGGCUUUGCCUAUGUCGAGUUUGAGGAUCCCGCGGAUGCUAAAGAGGCCAUCAACAACAUGGAUCAGGCCGAACUUUUCGGUCGGGUUCUGAAAGUUUCACAAGCGAAGGCGCCAAAAAGUGCUGAUGAAGGGCUGGGGAGCAAAACGGCCAUCUGGGAACAGGAGGGCUGGCUUGCUAAGAAUUCUAUUGACGAGCGGGGUGAGGCUCCUGAAGCGAAUGGGAAUGCCUCGGGUCCUGACCCCAUGCAAGGACUGGAGGGUUUGGAUGUGGCAGGGCCCAAAGCCGAGUAG